AUAAACGAUAAAAAUGAACAAUGAGAUAAAAACCACCGAGAUAACACCAAGCAAAUAUUUUAAGCGGCAAUUAGUAUGGCGCAAUGUAAUCUCAUUGACCAUGGUGCAUUUAUCCGGAGCUUACGGACUCUACCUAUCAAUGUUUGUGGCGAAGCCGUUGACCGUUGUUUUCAUGUAUUUUGUGGCCACAAUUUCGGCCUUUGGUAUACUUUGCGGAGCGCACCGGCUAUGGGCGCACCGGUCAUAUAAGGCCAAAAUGCCGCUACAAUUGUUGUUAGCAUUUGGUCAAACAUUGUCCCUACAAAACGACAUAUACGAGUGGUGUCGCGACCAUAGAGUACAUCACCGGUACUCCGACACCGACGCCGACCCGCACAACAUUAAUCGGGGUUUCUUUUUCGCGCACAUGGGUUGGCUCAUGUGCCGAAAGCACCCCGAUGUUAUUGAGCAGGGUAAACUCGUGGACAUGAGCGAUUUGGCCGCUAACCCCGUGAUUAGUUUACAACGUAAAUUUUACGUACCUUUAGUGGCGCUAAUUUGGGCCGCAUUUCCCACAUUAACGCCGUAUUAUAUGUGGGGC